AAUUAAAAAAUUAGUUUUGUUUCAAAAUGCCUUGUUGCACGAUUGAACUUAGCGAAUCCAGUAGACGUUGUUUGGCGUUAACCCUCGUACUUUCUAACACCGCCUUAUUCCUCCAUUGCCUUAUCCAUUUUGGAUUCGGUAUAUACGUUUUAACAGCAAUCCAGAAGAUCGCUCAUCUCGUCAGCAAAGAAUACGACACUAGCAAUUUAGGCUUUAUCAUCUUGAUAUUCAACGGCGUACAAAUGAUGGUCUAUUUAUUUUCCAUCCUUGUAAAUUUCCGCUGUUCUAAGAAAAAUCACGUAUCCAAAUCCAGAAGAUGUUAUCUUCCGUUGAUUUUCGUACUCUUCGUCUUCAUUUGGUUGAAUAUGGCUUACAUGAUCAUCCUCGAUCAACAUAAUGGAGAGAUCAUAUAUCAAGUGAAGAAGGGAAUGACUCAAGCUCUUGAUAAUUACUGUACUAAAUUAUCGAAUAAAAUACAAAUAGAUCGCCUACAAUUUCAUUAUAAAUGCUGCGGAGUUUCAGACCAUCAAGAUUGGUUACUACUGUUCUGGUAUCCUCCGCAACUUGUUUCUUCUGAAAGGAAACGAAAAGAUGACGAAUUUGUGGAGUUAUAUUCUAAAGCAGAAUCCAUAUCAGAGAAAAAUAAAAUAUUUAUGGACCCAGAGCUCAACACUCGGGGAGUUCCAUUUAGCUGCUGCGAUCCAACAGUACAUUCUCCUUGCUAUCAUAAACACGUUGUGAAACCUCGACCCAAUUAUAAAUACGAUCCAACGAAUCAUUCGUUCUAUAAAGAUGGAUGUGCAAGAAAACUUACAGUCAAACUCAGAAAUACUAUUGGAUCUUUCACCCUUUCUGCAUUGUUCCCAUUCCUCUUUUUGUGGAUAAUGAUGUGUCUUGUUCAGUUUCUUCGAACGUCCAUAAAUUCGGCAGUUGCAAGAGGAUCUAUACAAGGAAAAGGCAAAGCUUAUCUUUUACCCGUAAACAUUUUUCAAACAAUGGCUACUGCAGCGGCGGGACCUCAGGGUGCCCUAAUAACCAAAGUACUGCGAAAGUAAAUCGAAGAGAGGAAAAAAAUAAAUUAAAAUUUGUAAUUAUAAAAAUUAAACAAUUUCUGUAUUGUUUGUUUCAUUCUGGAAGUUUUAUAUACGAAAAAAAUUUCUUUAUGAUAGAAAAAAAUCGGAGAUAAGUUAACAGAGUUCGAUUGAAUAGGACUUUUGAUACUAUGAUAUUGACUAAAGUAAUCAGUAUGAAUUUGAUUAGUUCAUGUUCCAGGCAAAAUGUACCGAAAAGUA